AUGCAGAAAUAUGAAAAACUUGAAAAAAUUGGUGAAGGGACAUAUGGUACAGUCUUUAAAGCUAAAAAUAGAGAAACCCAUGAAAUAGUCGCACUCAAGCGAGUAAGACUGGAUGAUGACGAUGAAGGAGUUCCAUCAUCAGCAUUACGUGAAAUAUGCCUGCUUAAGGAAUUAAAGCAUAAAAACAUUGUUCGUCUGUAUGAUGUGCUGCACAGUGAAAAAAAGUUAACUCUAGUAUUCGAACAUUGCGAUCAGGAUUUAAAAAAAUAUUUCGAUAGUCUAAACGACGAAAUAGAUUUAGACGUAGUCAAAUCUUUUAUGUAUCAGCUUCUUCGGGGCCUUGCUUUUUGCCACAGUCAUAACGUGCUCCAUCGUGACUUAAAACCUCAAAAUUUAUUGAUUAACAAAAAUGGAGAAUUGAAAUUAGCAGACUUUGGUCUGGCCAGAGCUUUUGGUAUUCCUGUUAAGUGUUACUCCGCUGAAGUCGUUACUCUCUGGUAUAGACCACCCGAUGUAUUGUUUGGAGCUAAACUUUACACAACAAGCAUAGAUAUGUGGUCCGCAGGUUGUAUUUUUGCAGAACUAGCCAAUUCUGGGAGACCACUUUUCCCUGGUUCUGAUGUUGAUGAUCAACUGAAGAGAAUUUUUAAAUUACUUGGAACACCAAAUGAAGACACCUGGCCUGGUGUUACUCAAUUGCCUGACUACAAACCCCUGCCAGUCUACCAACCUAGUCUCGGACUAGCUCAAGUAGUACCAAGGCUGCCAGCACGAGGCAGAGAUCUAUUAGCUCGUCUUCUGACCUGUAACCCAGCAUUAAGAAUGCCAGCCGACGAUGCCAUGGCCCACGCCUACUUCCAUGAUUUGAAUCCAUCGGUCAAGAACGACAGAUGUUAA